GCGGGGGGGUAAAGGGGGGGGAACGGGAAGGUUUCGAUCGCGAUCUGAGGCGGGCCCGGUAUUUUACUUUCGAUUUGUACUUCAGGCAAUUGCUUUUCGUUACUGGGUGUUCCACGGUGGUAAUUCGUCAUCUAAACCCCACGCUAUUUGUUCUGCCUUAGUCAUGACAGGACAUGUCAACGGAGGAUAAUUAGGGGGGUCUCCAAGAGGGGGCCAGACACCCUGCAUUUCAGCCGCGCGUUCUGCCUUUGUUUGAGAGCUAUCGGGAGGCCGCACUGCAACGACUUACGCCUCGCCAUGUAGCCGUUCAAUCAGUAUUCGCAGAGUACGUCCGUGCACGAUCCGCCUUUAUUCUGGCGCCCAGCUAUAACUUCGCUGGCAAGCAGGAUCCUCGCAGGCUCUGCAGUCCGAUGUUCGAUCGUCCCCAAGCACGUACGUCGGGGUUCACCAGAUGCUGCAGGCAGGCAAGCGAGCGGGAAAGAACCAUACACACAUCCACAAGAUGCAAGUUCGAAUCCAGUUUUAUUAUUGUUAAGCUGUACAAUUUAUAUUAUUCUGAGUCCUGUCCACGCGAGCACGAGCACAGCACGCCGUCACGAUUGGUCAGCACGCGCUGUCCACGCGCCCCAGAUCAUGGAAGGAGAAGAACUACCUGGUCUUUUGGUAAAUGAAAUCGGUGGCAUACUUGGGAUACUGCACAGCCAUGUGGCAUUCCUGAGGAAACAUUUCUACCUCAUCACCAUGAAGGAAUUGCUUGAAAACAGGAAGCAUUUAAGUAAAAAGGUCCAAGCAAUCUAUAUGUGGUGGCACAAACCAGUCAUUGACCGAGAGCUCCUCCAAAGCCUGCCAAACUUGAAAGUGAUUGCGAAUUCAGGAGUGGGGAUGGAUCAUCUGGAUCUGAAACUUAUAGCUAGCUUUGGUGUGAAGAUGGCUAAUGCUCCACGUGCUGUUUCCAACAGCACAGCAGAUGCUGGGAUGGCUUUGCUGCUAGCAUCUGCUAGAAGAGUAGUGGAAGUCCAUCACAUUGCAAUUUCUUCAAAUGUGGAUUACUGUGAAGCUGAUAUUCUGGGAGUUAAAAUUUCUGGAUCUACUCUGGGGAUUGUUGGCAUGGGCCGCAUUGGAUAUAAGAUUGCUCUGAGAGCCAAAGCAUUUGAAAUGAAGAUUUUGUACCACAACAGGACACGGAGGAAAGCGCAGGAGGAGCAAGCUGUUGGUGCCACUUACUGCGAAAAGAUAGACAGCUUACUCCAGCAGUCAGAUUUUGUGAUGGUGGUGGUGAGCCUGACGCCUCAGACACGCAGCCUGAUUGGGAAGAGAGAGCUGGAGCUGAUGAAACCCACAGCUACUCUGAUUAACAUCAGCCGAGGUGCAGUAGUUGACCAAGAGGCGCUGGUGAUGGCUCUGCAGACUGGUGUUAUUGGGGCCGCGGCUUUGGAUGUCACCUGCCCAGAACCACUGCCCAGAGAUCAUCCAUUGUUAAAAUUAAAGAAUGUCAUUAUAACGCCUCACCUCGGCAUUAAAACAGACAAGACCGCUUACAUGAUAACAGAGGAAGCAGUUGAAAAUAUACUAGCAGCUCUAAAUGGUCUCCCCAUGCCCAGUGAAGUGCUCCCUAGUUGAUGUGCAAAAGGAUAACACAUCUCUUUUUAUUAGUUUCUUUCCCUCCAUCAGCUCUAAAGGUUUUCAUUCUUAUGUUUUUUCCCUUAAGAUGAACCUAUUUCAAGCUCAUGAAUAUAGAUUUCCUGCCUUAGCUUUUUUUUUUUGCCUGAUCCCAUAUAAUGCUGCCUUAUAACACAUAAUGUAGACAUAGAUAAUGUGUGUCCUUGUCCAGGGUCAUGCUUAAGCUAGUCUAUACAACCCAGCUGGGAAAUGUAUGCAUUAUGUUACAUGAAAGUCUUCUAGGGGAACGCAAUACUUCAGAAGCAUAAACCUAAGAAACAGUUAUUGUGCAAGCACCUUAUUAACACUGCAGGCAUCAGCUCACCCUGCAGGAUUACAUGGACACGAAUGGUAAUAUUUAAUGAUGGGAUAAAGUUCACAGAGUACACAAUACUUCUCUCCGCAUGGCCACAGACCCAUUUCAGAGUGCUCUGUACAAUGCUGGUAUAACAAAUCCCUUUCUGUAAUAGAAAACUAAUAGCACACAGCAACACAAUGUGAUUUAGCUCAACAGACCCCAUGAAGGUCUAUAAGGUACUCUACAAAUUAAAUCUACAUAGAACAUGGUAGUGCACUGGUGCAAUUGACUUUUUCUGUCACAUAUGUUGCUAUACAGAUACAUCUCCAAUAGAGAUGUAUCAGCUCCUGAACCAUAGCUUUAAAAUCAGAUGUUCAAGUUGCACAAAAAAACUUUGAAGCCGUCUGAUUCUCUCCACAUCUAACCACAUAACACACCUAUUUUCUUCACAUUUGAUAGGUAUGUCCUGGAUUUUUGCUUGAAAAAGAGUGACAUUCCUUUAACUAUUAUUUUUUGGCUCCUCUAACAACUUGUUCCUUCAUUUUGUUCAUUCAAAAUUGUUGAUUUGAUAUACAAAGUUAAAAACUUCCUGGUGUUUUCAAUGGUUUUUUGUCCUUCAGGACUAAAAUGUCUCAAUUCAUAGGGAGAAUAACUUUUAAGAGGGACUUUACAAUGGUCCUUUGAUCUCCGGUAACAGUAAGCAGUAAGUUAAAAGAUCACCCAUUACAUCUUAUCAGCAAAGCAGUUUGGAAGUUUUGGAUGUGAAACAGGUAACGUGUAAGCAUUUUAUAGUUUGUUAGGGUUUUUUUAAGGAAGAAAAUUGAAGUAGACUUACGUAAGAGUCCAGUUAAUAUGCCUUAGCUCCAUCUUGCUAGUUAAUGAAUUUUUGCUUUAACUGUCUGAACUUGAAACUCAUAUAAGCAAAUGAUACUAAAAAAUCAUCAGCAGGAUAACAAGAAUAAUAUAUGGCUUUAUAUAAUUACUAUGAAAUGUUAUUAUAUUUUAUCUUUUUAUUAGUAAUUUUUCAGAGGAUUUGGUGUUAAACUUGACUGCCUUAAUGUUCAGCAUAUUAAAAUGUAUUUGGUAGAAUUCAAGAUAACAGGAUUUUGUAAUCCAUUUUUUAAAAGCGCUACAGUAGUCAGGAAAGGCACAGCAGCAUCCCAUGGCUGAUUGUUUCUUAGUGCGGAAGGAGAGGAAUUCCUGGUGCCCACAGCAGUGGUGUGUCCCGGCUCCUGAGCUACUCUCACCACAGAAGCUAGGCGUCCUCUCCAGUGGCUGCUGACCAGCAAGGGGGAUCACUUCAAUGCAACCUUAGUGAACCGAGUACUGAAGCUGUACUUCCCAGCCUCCAUCUCCAGGAAUGGAGGUUGAGGGAGGUGAUUCUGCCUCUCUGCUCUGCUCUUGUGAGACCCACCUGGAGUGCUGUGUCCAGAUCUGGGGUCCCUAGCACAGGAGUGACAUGGACCUAUUGGAGCGAGUCCAGAGGAGGGCCAUGAAAAUGAUCAGAGAGGAUUAAGGACCUCUCCCAUGAGGAAAGGCUGAGAGAGUUGAGGUUGUUCAGCCUGGAGAAGAGAAGGCUCUGGGAUAACCUGAUAGCAGCAUUCCAGUAUCUUAAAGGUGUCCACAAGAGAGCUGGACAGGAACUUUUUACAAGGGUGUAUACUGACAAACAAGGGGGUAUGGGUUUAAGCUGAAGUGGUGAAGCACUGGAAAAGGUUGCCCAGAGAGGCUGAGGAACAUCCCUCACACUGUUCAAGGCCAGGCUGGAUGAGACUUCAAGCAACCUGAUCUAGUGAAAGGCAUCCCUGUUCACAGCUGGAGGGUUGGAACUAGAUGAUCUUUAAGGUCUUUUCCAACCCAAACCAUUCUAUGAUCUACAGCACAAGUAACCUUGUCUGGAAAAUUUUCAUGCAUUUGUUAGCUGGGAUACACAGGACUGCCUGUAGCUGGGGUAACAGCUGCAGUGCCUAAGGACGUGAGCCUGGCACAGUUGUUUUACUCUCAAAGAGAGGUUCUGAGGGUAUUCCGAGAAUCAUUUAGGUUGGAAAAAAAUAUUCAUGUGUACAAUGAGAGUUGUCACUCGUGUUUGCUGAUCAGAGACAACUCUGUCCCACGUGAACUCCUGCACAAUGACUAUGUGUAAUGAACAACAGAGGGAUCAG